UAAGUAGUAAACAGUACGUAUUAAGCCAGAGUUGUGACACAUCAACAGUGAGGUAGUUCCUUAAAUAAUUGUUAUUUGUCGAAGAUCUGGUGCUGUUUGUUCAAAUUACCAUAAUAAAGCUUUAGAAACAAAAAAAAUGGAUGGAUCCACAAAACCAGGAAAUCCAGAUAGAGGGUGGAAUGAUCCACCGAUGUUCAACUUCAGUGCAAAAGCCGAGCCGUCUCCCAGGUCGAAUGUGUUAAACAAGAGGGUAGCACCCCCACAGCAACCACCCCGAUCAGGUUCAAACAACUCAUCCCCAUUAAAUGCGAGGAUGGCCAGUGCCAAAUAUACCUCUACAGAUGUUAGUGCCCCACCAAUGACAACACCUCCAAUGGGAGGUCCACCAGCUGGUCAUUCUUCAACUUCCACAACAACUGGUCUGUCCUCAGACUCCAUAGCUGGCAAGGAUGAUGACACCAGCUUAGACGUGGUUGAAAGAAUAAAAAGUGUUCUCAAUGAAUGUGAAAAUAAGUUACAGAAACGGAUAUUUGAUGACAUAUCCAAGAGACUUGUCAUUUUGAGUGACAGGUGGUCGAAUGGAAAUCUAUCAAAUCCAGUCAAAAUUAGAAUGUCAAAACUUUCUAACGCUCUUGUUGAUUACCAGUAUGAUGAAGCCUUCAAGAUCCAUUUAGCAUUAAUGGUUGAUCAUGUGACUGAAGUCAGCCAAUGGAUGGUUGGAAUAAAGAGACUGAUCCAUGAGGCUAAAACAAUUCGACCAAAACUGGCUGAAGAUCCAAGAGUAGAAGCCAAAGAAUCUUUGAUUGAGGAUGGAACUCAUUCAGUUCAGCUAUUUGACACUAAAACUCUUAAAAGCCCACAACAUGUCAAAAAAGCUGAAGAAAUAACUCAGGAAAAACUAGAAUCUGAUGAUACAUCAAAUAGUAAAACAUUAGAUACAACAACUGAGCAAGUAAAUAGUUGAUAUUAUCUAACAUUUGCCUUAAAUCAGAUAAUUACACAGUUACAAUUAAUAUGUAUAGAAAAGAAAACUUUAUUAUAAAUAGAGAAGAGCGCCCUCAAUAAAUACAUGAAGUGAAUGGCACCCCAUAUGUAUUCAGAUCUUGCCAUACUUUUACAAUUGAUAUCAAUUCCUAUAAAUGGGCAAAAGGUAUACAAUUUCGUUAAUGUUAACAAUGAAAUAAAAUACAGUGCUCAAAUACAUAGGAA